AUGGCUGGUGAUCUUUUGAAGCGCAAUCAGAACCUGUACUGCGCGUACCAUCAGGAGCCGGGUCACACCACUGAUGAUUACAGAAACCUGAAGAACCAUUUAGAUCGGCUCGUCCGAGAAGGGAAGCUGAGGCAUCUGCUGCAUCGCCCAGAAGGAUGGCAGGAACCAUCGAGCAAUGAAACCAGACAAAGUACGUUGAGGCCACCCAUUGGCACGAUUAAUGUUAUUCUCGCCGCACCUGGAAGGACAGGCUCUGUCCCCUUCAGGGUAAUGUCAGUAAGCAGUUUCCCAACUGGGCCAGACGAUAGGGAAUCCAAGAGAGCCAGAGUGAGUGCCACGCCAGUAAUCGGGUUCACGGAGGAAGACAAGCAGGGAACUAUUCAACCCCACGACGAUGCCCUAGUCGUCACGCUCAGAAUAGGGGGUUAUGACGUGAAGAGGGUGUUGGUUGAUCAAGGCAGCGCCGUGGAGGUAAUGUACCCUGAUUUGUAUAAGGGGCUGAACUUGAAGCAGGAGGACCUGUUGCCCUACGAUUCCCCCCUGGUUAGCUUUGAAGGGAAAAUCGUCAUCCCGAAGGGCAUGAUCAGGCUGCCUAUACAAACAGAUUUAGACGUGGUAGAAGUGGACUUCAUUGUCGUAGAUGCAUACUCCCCCUACACAGCUAUCGUGGCCCGGCCAUGGCUUCAUGCACUAGGGGCUAUGUUGUCAACCUUGCACCAAAAAGUCAAGUACCCGUCAGGGGGUCAAAUCAAAGAAAUAAUAGGGAACCAGGGAAUGGCUGGACAAUGCAUGGUGUCGGCAAUCUCACGACAGCCGAAUAACAAACCUUCCACUUCAGCCGAGAACGGCUUAUAG